AUGUUCACGGUGUUCUUGAGGAGAGACACAGGAUAUGCUAGUGUUUCCACUCUCAGUCUCCAUUCAGAUUACAGAUUUGAUCAACAGAGAAAGAUCAAACUUCAAGCCUUCAAAAAUCAGGCUUUCUGCUCCGCUCAAUGCCUAAGGAACGAAGUGUUUCUUGAGGCUUUUUCACCGCCGGAACUCUUCGUUGUUCUGAGAUCAAACGACAAGCGGCAAAUACACCGGAAUCUACUGCUUCUCCGUACCCAAUCCAGAAAUGGGGAAAGCAGGAAGAGAUUGGACACAGAUCUACGCUAUCUACGCGGCGGCGGAGUUGCUCGCUUCGCCGCCGGAUUCACCGGCUCCGUCACAGCCCUCUCCGCCGUCUGUCUCUUUUUCGCCGCCGCCAACAUCUUCUACUCCUCUGUCAUCCUCCGCUGGGACAUGGCCCAGCGAAUGGUCAGCUCCGUCAACGACUGGUCGACGGUGAAGCACGCCCUGGACCUAGGCUGCGGCCGCGGCAUCCUUCUUAAUGCGGUUGCUCUGCAAUUGAAGAAAGCCGGCUCUUCGGGCCGAGUAGUCGGUCUCGACCCGACCCGGAUGAAGAAGGUUUCGACCCUCUCGACGCUCCGAACCGCUGGGAUCGAAGGAGUUCAAGAGUACGUCACGUGCCGAGAGGGUGACCCCAGGACACUGCCAUUCGGUGAUAACUCAUUCGACGUGGUGGUAUCCGCUGCGUUUGUCCACACGGUAGGGAAGGAGUUUGGGCAGAAAUCGGCAGCGGCGGCGGCGGAGAGGAUGAGGGUACUGGGGGAGGUGGUGAGGGUUUUGAAGCCAAGUGGGGUAGGAGUGGUGUGGGACCUAGUGCAUGCCGGAAUAUGUGCAGCGAUUGCAUGA